AGAGUUACUUGGAGUGGUCUCCCCUACUUUAAUGUAACCGAACCAGCCUAGUAUGAUGGGAUAAGCCUCGGAAAAUGAUUUGAGCAUUUUACAAGAUCUAGUUACACUAUGAUUCUCGGGAUGAUUUCAUCAAAAUGCAGCAUUCGUGGAGCUGGGAAAAUCCUGAGGUCUCCACAAAUGAAAAGUUUAAAAGGGUGUAUGCCAUAUUUCACAUCGUUAAUUAACAAGACGUCAUUCCGGUCGAGACUUGAGAAGUAUGGUGGAGGCAGUGUGGAUCUCACCAAGCACGAGACCGAUGGCGUUGCUGUCAUCACUCUAAACAACCCGGAUAAGAAAAAUGCUUUAUCAGGAAAAAUGAUGCUUGAUUUCAGAAAUGUGAUCGAAGAAUUGGAAUCAUGGCAGAAAGGCAAGGGUGUUAUAUUGAUGGGGUCUCAGGGUACAUUUUGUUCUGGAGGGGAUUUGACAACUGUCCAGAACAUCCUCACCUCCGAACAGGGCUACCAGAUGGCUGACUUCAUGCACGAAACCUUGACACGGCUACAUCGCCUGCCAUUGGUCAGUAUGGCACUGGUUCAGGGUAACGCUAUAGGGGGAGGAGCAGAGCUGACGACAGCAUGUGACUUCCGGGUGAUGACAAACACGGCCCGUAUUGGGUUCGUACAGAUGAAGAUGGGUGUGUUGACUGGGUGGGGAGGAACGACGAGGCUUGUAAGACUGGUAGGUCGUUCGAAAGCCUUGGACAUAUUGUGCUCCUCUAGACUUCUCACCUCUCAAGAGUGUCUUCGACAAGGCUUAGCAGAUCACGUGAUCCCCUUACUACCACACAAAGAGGAGGAUGACGACAGCCUAGAGAUAGGCCGUGCCUGGCUGAGUCAGUAUUGUCGUGCGGAUGCUGAGCUAGUAAGGGACAUGAAGACUGUGGUGGUACAGGCCUGUGAGUUAGAUUAUACCUCUUCAUUAGAAAAGGAACGGACUGUGUUUAGUAGGACAUGGGGAGGACAUGCUCAGAAAAAGGCACUUGAUUUGAACAUUAAACAUUCCUAACAGAGAAUCCUAUUUAUACUGACUUUCCAACACCAUUUAGAAAUCAAUGAAACCUGUCUAAACUAGACUCCUUUAGAAUCAGGUACUUCUGUUCAAAACAGACUUUGCAAUAGUACCCUGGUAAGUUACAGAUUUAUUCAAGGUAAUUAAAUAUUACACAAUUCUGACCUGAACAGGAGGUUUAAUAGUAUUCUGUACUGGUCUUGUGAGACGUUGAUCACUCGGUAUACCCUUUACUUCCAUCAUCAAUAAAUUGAUCCAUCGGUAUAAAUUUACUUCAGUCAUCAAUAAAUUGAUCCAUCGGUAUAAAUUUACUUCAAUCAUCAAUACAUUGAUCCAUCGGUAUAAAUUUACUUCAGUCAUCCUAAUUCCAGUUUCAGUUCUAUGUGCUGUGAAUGCUUUUGAUGGACAUAGUUUUGUUUUGUUGUUAAGAGUAGGCACCUCAUAAUAACUUAAGCUGGCCUUCUUCAGUUGCGCAAUGUCAAUCGGUAGUGAUUACAGCGUAAUGUGGUGAGAUAAACCUUUAAUAUGUACCAAUACAUUUAUACAUUGUAUUUAUUUCACUGGAAGGUGACGAGGAUUGUCGCCUAUUUAUAGUAUUACCUUGUAUUACACAACUCGUCCUCUAUA